AUGGCAGCAGCCUUAAAAAAGAAUCAUUCACGCAGAAGGUUGGCCGCGCUAACAUUUCUUUCGAACAUCUCUCUCGAUGGCAGCCACCGCGACACCAAAUUAGCUGUUCUUUCACGGAAUGGUGUUGCUCAUACACGUACCCUCAGUGAUAGUCAAGCACAUCAAGUUGAUGUUCGUCAAUCUGAUUUGACCGUUUCUACUGAAGAAGUUCUCGAUGACUGUACUGAAGAGCAUUUAAUAUCAUCAUCUACAAAACAAACAAGCUCUCCACAAUUAGUGCCAAAAAGUGGUGAACACAAUUCAUUUAGUUCAAAUUCUGACGGGUUAUUGACUCCUGCAAAGGCAGCAGUGGCUGUAUUCCUAGAACAAGAAAGAAAUUAUCCACAGCUUUCUACAGGAUUUCAUAGUUCAUUCAGAGAACGUACUGGUACAACUGGUAGUGAAUAUUCCUUACCUGAAAGACGAGUUGGUUCUUUACAAUAUAAAAAACGUAUAACUCAUCAAACAUCUACUCUUUCGGAAGAUAUAAAACAUCAAUAUAAUAGUUCCAAUGAAAGCAUUGGUUCUUUACGUUCUAAAACACAAUCUUCAAAAUCAAAAACAAAGACACCAAAUAAUGUACAAUGUAGUUCUGCAAAUAGUGGUAUAAUACCAGAAGUUACAAGAGAAUUACGUUUAAUGCAACGACCUAUAAAUGGUUAUAAAUUUGGAGAUGAUAGAUUAGUUUUGGUGUCUAAUAAGCGUGUGCCAUUUCUAGUAUUUUCUGCUCUUCCAUAUAAUAAAGGACAGAGAUCUAGUUGGUCUGAAUUACGUAAAGAUACAGGGCGAAGAAAAAAUAUUUCUUCACAGAGACCAUUAUCAGCAAUUAACGAUAAUAUUGAUCCCUUUGGUUUAUUGGGUAUAGAGCGUGCUAAAGACGGCCAGGAAAUAUCUUAUGGACAAUUACUUGUUCCAUCCAGACAAUUUCAAAAGGAUAAAAAAUUACAUUUUAGUGAUAAUGAGACGAUAGAACUUAUAUCUAACAAGCAUCCUAUAGUUUCAAGGACAAAAACUAUUACAUGGAAUGUGGAUCACUCUAAAUGGUGUCUAUCAUAUGAUACAGCUACACAUCGUACUCAACAUUUAACACCAGAGUCUCCACCAUUAUCUUUCAAUACUGAUUCUAAAGUUUAUGAUUGGGAUGAACAAUCAUUACAAUAUAAUCCCAAUUUAUUGGAUGAUCCAGAACUUAUAGCUGGAAAGCAUAGAACAUUGCUUACAUUUACAUCAUACAUGGCAUCAGUUAUUGAUUAUGUAAGACCAUCUGAUUUAAAAAAAGAAUUAAAUGACAAAUUUAAGGAAAAGUUUCCACAUAUACAGCUUACUUUGAGUAAGUUAAGGAGUUUAAAACGAGAGAUGAGAAAAAUAGCAAAAAUGGAAUAUGGUAUUGAUCUCUUAACAGUAGCAAUGGCUUAUGUGUAUUUUGAGAAACUUAUUCUUCGAAAUGUUGUUACGAAACAAACGCGGAAAUUAUGUGCUGGUGCAUGCUUACUUCUUGCAGCAAAAUUAAAUGAUGUUAAGGGUGAUGUUCUCAAAUCAUUAAUAGAGAGAAUUGAAAGUGUAUUUCGUUUAAAUCGUAAGGAUUUAAUUACAUCUGAAUUUGCUGUCUUGGUGGCCUUAGAAUUUGGUUUACAUCUUCCAACAUGGGAGAUAUUUCCACAUUAUCAGAGAUUAAUAUAUGAAUCUUGACCUUCUUUUACAUUUCUUUUACGUAGACCCAGAACAUUUUCUUCAUAAAAUUGAGAUUUACAAUGAUAAAACAAUUACGAAAAAAGUACAAUAUAUAGAAUUUUUUUAAUAUCAAACGUACAAACUUAUAAAGAAGAAAAAAGAAUUUAAAAAUGAAUAGAUACAUUAUGGUUACUAACAAAUUUGUUAUUCUAGAAUGUCAUAAAGAAAUAAUAUAUUGGUAAUACACGAUUAUAAACAAUUUAAUAUAACAAUGAAAUAGAUAAGAAUAAUUACAUAAAAAAUAUAAAGUAUUUUAUUUUUUCUUAUUUUAAUUAAUUAAUGGGCUUUAAUUAAUAAGCUCUUAUAUUUAUGAUAAAUUUAUUUAAUAUUUGAUGAAUAUGUUAAUAUGUAUAAUCGUAGAAAAUCUUGUAAUCUUAGAAAAAUUGUAUAAAGUCAUAGUAAUUACAGAAUUGUUUAAAUAUGACGAACUAAAGAAUUAUAAGCGAUAUAUAUUUUUUAAAUUUUAUAAAUAAUUUAAUAUGUUUAAAUUUUUUUAAAUAUUUAAAUUUUAAUUUAUUUUUAAUGUGACUAAAAAAUUAUAUUAUGCAUAGUAAUUGAUACAAUUAAUAAUUUUUUUGAUGAUACAAUAAUUUAUACAAAAAAAAGUUAAUUAUAAAAAACAAUAGUUAAUUUCAAAAACUUAAGAAAAAACAAUAAAUAUUAUAUAUAUAUUUUAGAUCAAUAGAGAUUUAUAACAUAUAAUGAAAUUUUGUUUUCUAAAAUUAAACUCUGAAGUUUGAAUAAAUGAAGGAGUUUUCGUAUCGCAUUUGCAUGUCAUAUUCAUUAAUCAUUUUGUCCAUAAGUCUGAAAUUAGCUUCUGAUUCAAAAGUAGCCAACAGGAUUUAAAUAUUUUUUUGAUUAAAAAAAAUAUAUUUGAUUAAAUUUGAUCAAUGUUUCUGGUUUUAAAUAAAAAUUAAAGAUUUUCAUGUUUUAAAAAAAUCAGCAUUAAAAUUAUACUGUUUUUAAAUAGAAAUACUAAAUAUUUAAAAUUUUAUUAAAAUUUAAAAAUUUUUUUAAACAAAAAUACUGUUGUUUAAAAAUUUUAUUUUAAAUAUUAUAAAAGUUAUUUUAUUUAAAAUUUUUUUUAUUUUUAGAAGUUUUUUUAAUAUAUGAUAAAUAUUAUAUUUUAUUAUUAUUAUUAUUAUUAUUUAAAAAAAAUUAUUAAAUAUCUAUAUAAACAACAAACUGAUAUUAUUGAAUAAUAGGAAAAUGUCUAUAGAAUAUUAAUGUCCAUAGAAUUAUUAACAAAAUAAUUUUUUUUAAUAUGAAAAUUUUUAUAAAAUUAGAAUAUUUUAUUAAUAAUUAUAUUUUUAUUGUUUUUGUAUUAAAUUUGUAAUUUAUUUAAAACAUAUUCAAACAUUUUUUGGAUAUUAAUAGGAAUAAUAGAAAUUAAUUGAAUAUUUAUUAAUUUAUUAAAAUAUAAAUAGUUUUGAUAUAAAAAAGAUUUUACUUAUUUGAUAUAAAUUUUUGUUCUAUUUUAAAUAAAAAUUAAAUUAUCUUUUUUUAUCUAGUCAAAGCAUUGAUAGAAAAUAAUUCAAUUUUCUAAUAUAUAAUGUAAUUUGUAAUGUAUUUGAAUGAAAUUUUAAUGAUAUUGAAUAAUGAAGUUAUAUUCUUACAUGUAUUUAAAGUGCUAUCUUUUUUGAAUUUUCUAAUUUAUAAAUAAUUAUUCGUUAAAGUAAAAAAAUUUUAAACGGUUUUUCAAUUCAUUUAUAUUUGAAAAUCUUUUUUAUGGUACUUUAAAUAUUAUAUUUAAAUUAUUUUGUAAGUAUUUUAAAUUUAUAUUUAUAAAUAAGUAUUUUAGAUACGAAUUAAAAAAGUAUAUAUGCUAAUGAACCAUAUUUGUGAAAGAUAUUUCAAAGUUACAUCCAUAGAAAAUAAUUAUGGACAUUGCUUUUGAUUGAACAAAUUACGAAAAUUAUAUUGUAAAUUAUUUAAAACUUUAAAUGAUAUAUGUUGAUACUAUUAAAUAUUCAAAUUCAAAAUAAAUAUAGACAGGUGCUAUAAAAAAUUAUUACAAUAGAUAUUAAGUCAGAAUCGUACUUAAUAAUAAUUUGUGCGACUUUAGAAUAAUAUUUUCAAUUGUUAUAAAAUUAGUUUUCAUUAUAUAUAAAAAACAAAAAAUUUUCAUUAUUAUUUUCAAAACAAAUUUUAUUAUUUCAUUGUACAGUUUUACUUAUAAUUUUAAAUUUCGAAUUUAUUAGUAAUUUUAAAUAAUGUAAAAAAAUACUUAUAUAUAUAUGUUUCAAAAAAUGCAUAUACAGAAAUACCAGUAUUUACAUAUAUAAUAUUUCUAUAUUAAAUUCUAAUUAAUAAUUCUCUUAUAUAUUGAUGUUAUAUCUUUAUAUUAACUUUAACAGAGAUACGUUUUUAUUCUACCAUUAUUCUAUAUAAAAAUUUCUAUUUUAAUAUUUUCAUUUUUUUUUCCAUUAAAUAAUCGUAUUAAAUAUAUAAAUAUUUUUUUAUUGUUACAAAUAAUUAAUAUAAUAAUCAUUAUAAUAUAAAAAAGUAAUAUGGAAAAAGAAAAAAUUUUUUAUUUUUUACAUUUAUAAUAUUUUUAAUAUUAAAGCAAAUUUUGAUUAUAUAUUAUUCUUAAAUUAUUGUUAAGUGUGAAAAUAUACACUUAAAUCAAAACAAAAUUUCUUUUAAAGUUUUUGUGUAUAUUUUUUCAAUUUAUAUAUAUAAUUUAAUGCUAAUAAUAUAUAAUUCAAACAAAUGCAUAUCUUAAACUUUCGAAUUAAUAUAUUAAAUUUUUUUAGAAAUUGUAAAUAAUGUUUUUUUUUGAAAAAGAUUUAAUAUAAAAAUACGGUAGAGAUUAUGUAUAAAAUAAUCAUAUAUAUUUUCAAAAGUAUGUUCUACAUGAAUUAGAUCAAUUUUUUUAUUAUUAUUAUCAAAUUUUUAUUAUCAUAAUUUAAUCAAUACAAUAGUUCGAAUAUUAUAACAUUGAUUUGUUGUUUAUUAUUCAAAUUUUCAUUAUUAUUUUUAAUAAAUUUUUUGGAUAUUAUGAUAUGAUACAAGAUUUAAUUAUUACAAGGAUUAUCAAUUUUCAAUAUAAAAUUUAUGUCAUUAAUUUUUUUUAAUAAUAGAUAUUAAAUUUCCAGAAUUAUAAUAUCAUUUGUAAAUGUAGUUUCAUAAAAAUAAUGAAGUAUUUUUGUUUAUAAUAUGUUAAGACAAUAUGGUUUUUAUUAUAAAUGUAUUUAAUGAAAUUCAGUGAUUAAAUUAUAAAUAUAUAUUACGUGUAUAUAUGUGUAUAUAUAUAUACACAUAUAUACACGUAAUAUAAUAUAUAUAUAUAUAAAAUACUUUGAUUUUACAAUCAAAGUAAAUUAGUUCCAUAAUUUUUUUUCUAGUUUAGAUAAGCAUUAUUCGAGUUUCAUCGAAAACAGUUCCAAGUUAGUGCCAUAAUUGAUAAAUAUACGUGCUUUAUCUAAGUUUAUUUAAAUAAGGAAAUGAUAAUGAAUAUUAAUUUUUAUUCAAUAUAUUUUCAGCUUCAACUGAUUUAAAAAAAAUAUUCAAGAUAUGUUAUAUAUAGUUCUUAAUUUUAAAUUAAGUUAAAAUUUAUCUAUGUAAUAUCAUAAAAUACAAUGUUCAGGGUAAUUCAAUUGAAAUCACAAAGGAUCCAGUAAUGUUUGAGAUAUUUGCAAGCUAAUUUUCCUAAGGUUAGUCGAAAUGAACAUAGUCUAUUAUAAUUGUGAACUUUCGCAUUCAUAUAUCAAAUAUUAUGUAUCCAUCAUACAAUAUAUGUACGUUUAUAUUAUGUCCUGCGUGCGCGUGCUUACAUGAAUGUCUACGUACAUAUUUAGAAAUGUAUUUAUACAGAAUGAUAGCAUUAAGACUGAAAACUUAAAGAAUCCAGUUUUCAGUUCCUUCUUCGAUUUUCUUAAUCGAUAUCAAUAUCACCCGUGGUAUAUAUAAUUGAUAGAAUUGAAAGAGGAAAUGUAAAAGAUGAUGGACUUUGAUACGACAUACAAUUUAUAAUGGUAAUUUUUGAAGAUAAAUUAAGAUUUGACGAAUGAAUCAACGAUUUUUAAAAAUAUCUGCUCAUUAGAAAUUUCUAUAUCUGUGUAUCUAUGUAAAUUAGUCUUCAAGUUUAUGUGAUAUAUGUUUUUAUUUGUUUAAUGUUAAAAAAAAUAUUCAUAUUAAAAUUUAAUCUGUACAGUUAUAAAUGACCAUUUUUAAUGUGCUAAUAUCAAAUUAUUUUGUAAAAUUGUGAAUAUGCUGUGAUUAUUUAAAGAAAUUGACCGAAUCUCAGUCACUUCGAAAUUUAAAAUGGUCAUUUCAUAUUUACUAUAAUUAAUUAUUUUUUGCGAACUCUUUCAGUGAUAAGCGUAAUAUUUAAAAUUUUUUACAAAAACAUUAUUACUUUUUGCAGAAGGAAUAAAUAAGAUAAACAUGAUUGAAAAAAAACUUUGAUUUGUGUUAUUAUUGCAAAUUAAGUUAUCAAAUUUCGGACUCGGUAUUCUCACUGAAAGAGUUAAAAGAAAUGAUAUCCAAGUAUAUACAUUUAUGUAUGAUAAUCAGUCAAUUGCAAGAUACUUUAUCAUAUUACAACAUAGUAUUAUAGGAUGUUGUAAACGGCGAUCGAUAGUUUGUGUACAACUCUUUUAAAAUAAAAUGAAUAAAGAAUGUAUAAAUACAAAUAAAGUCUGAAAAAAGACAAAACUAGUAUUACAAA